CUGUCUCUUAAUUUCAGUGAAGUUCAGGUUCCUGUUUCUACCUGCUGACUUCACGUUUAAAUUCAUUCCAACUUAGAUUUAUAAAGUUUUUUUGGCUGUGGGACUCAAACAGCUUCUGGUGAAAUGUUGGCAGUUGUUCUCUGGUGAGCAGGCUGUGAUUGAAGUUUGAGCUUCACUGUGCAGCCGGUCGCUGCUGCAGCAGCUGUGACUCCAGAGGGUUAAACUGUCGUGACGGAGGCGGCACACACAGUGGCGUGAGUCCAGAGCGUCUUGAGUUACGUUGAGAAACUGAAGCUGCUGGCUCUGGUUACCUGUCAGGUACCUGUGGACGUGACGACAGCAGCAGAUGACGGGACAAGGUCCACAGGUUUUUAUCAGUUCAGUGGAAAUGUAAUGUGGACUGACGGGGCGGGAUCCAGGACAGAGGUGAAACAGGUGAGACACAAAAGCAAAGCGUGAGACAGAGCGGAUUAUACAAACAGCAGCAGGAUUAAAACUGAUGAGCUCUGUUCAGCUCGGAGGACAAAUAUUUGGAUGAGAACACAGAGUCCUGGUCCUGUAGGCUCAAUUCAAUCUCUCAAACUUUGAGGAUGUAAACUCCUCACCUGGACCGACCCGGACGCCACCUGUUUGGAUUCAAUGAAGCACCUCAAACAACAUUCAGUCUGAGUAGUUUCAGCGUCCGAGCUGGACCUGCGGGACAGGGGUCAUGUACGUCCUGUGCACCCUGGCGGUCCUGACCCUCCACAGCCUCAUCAAGAGCUGGAACAACAAGGCCGUGGAGCCUGGCGGGAGCUCGGAGGCCGCGCGGCGGAAAGGUCGUCCUGGGGAUGGAGACGGAGGCGUCCCUGAAGUCUGUGGAGCGUCCAGGCCUCGGGUUGGGGAGCACGGAGGACCGAGGAGCUGCAGAGCUGAAGGGAAGAGGAGGCGAGGAGGAGGAGGCGUGCGUAACGUCCCCGACAGCAGGAAGCGGGUUCAGCCGGUCCAGCGGUCCAGCACUCUGCUCAGCCCGGCGGUCAUGUUCAGCACAAGAAAGACCUGGGACCUCAGCCACACCCCCUGCCUGCAGGAGCUCUGGAAAAAAGACGUCUCAUUGGACGAUCUGUCAGGUGAUCAGCGAGGUCAGCAGCACCAAUCAGGAGCUGCUUCGUAAAUACAAGCGAGAGAUGAACCUAAGGAAGAAAUGUCACAACGAGCUGGUCCGACUCAAAGGUAACAUCCGUGUUUUCUGCCGUGUCCGGCCCGUCAGUCAGGAGGAGCAGGACUCCGCCGACGCCAGAACCAUGCUGAGCUUCGACUCAGAGGACGACGCCGUCCUCUACCUCUCCAACAAGGGCAAGAUCAUGACCUUUGAACUGGACAAAGUCUUCGCCCCUCAGGCCACGCAGGAAGAGGUGUUCCAGGAGGUCCAGUCUCUGGUCACUUCCUGUAUCGACGGCUUUAAUGUCUGCAUCUUCGCCUACGGACAGACCGGAUCGGGGAAAACGUACACAAUGGAGGGCGUGGUGGACGACCCUGGCAUCAACCAGCGAGCUCUCCGCCUGCUGUUCUCCGAGGUUACGGAGAAAGCUCCGGACUGGGACUACAAGAUCACCGUCAGCAUGGUGGAGAUCUACAACGAGACGCUGCGGAACCUGCUGGGGGAGAAUCCCACCGACAAGCUGGACAUCAAGAUGAACCCUGACGGCAGCGGACAGCUCUACGUCCCCGGACUGACCGAGUUCACCGUCCAGAGCCCUGAGGACAUCAACAGGGUGUUUGAGUUGGGUCACAUGAACAGAGCGACAGCCUGCACCAACCUCAACGAACACAGCUCUCGCUCACACGCUCUGCUCAUCAUCACCGUGUCUGGAUUCAACUCUGCUACCGGGAACCGCACACAGGGUAAGCUGAACCUGGUGGACCUGGCGGGCUCGGAGAGGAUCGCCAAGUCGGGGGCGGAGGGUAGUCGGCUCAGAGAAGCUCAGUGCAUCAACAAAUCUCUGUCGGCGCUCGGAGACGUCAUCAAUGCGCUACGGAGCAAACACUCCCAUAUCCCUUUCCGAAACUCCCGCCUCACCUACCUGCUGCAGGACUCCCUGAAUGGGGACAGCAAGACCCUCAUGAUGGUUCAGGUGUCUCCGCUGCCGACCAACAUGAGCGAGUCUGUCUGCUCGCUGAAGUUUGCUCAGCGCGUCCGCAGCGUCGAGCUGAGCUCCUCGUCCUCCAGGAGACACGAAAACUCGUCCACCUCGUCCUCACCGACGCACGACAGCGUUGAGCUGGACUCCCCCCCGGUGACUCCCGUCCCUCUCCCAAUCUCUCGGGCCAGCAGCGCCGGCUCCACCCUCUCCUCCGCCUCCAGAACUCCCAGCAGCUCCCGCAGGAGGUCCCAGUCCCAGCUGUCCACAGACAGACAGGUAGACAGAGGCAGCCCAUUGGUGGGGGACGGUGGGCAGGACGACUGAAGCUGACGGCCUGAGAGACGCAGAGGAGCGUGGGGUGUCUGCCAACGCCCUUCCUCCUGCCCUCCUCCUCCUCAGCCACUGCAGGAGCAAAGACUGAUGGGAACUUUAGCGGGCAGAUUACUCUGAACAGACUCUUAACUCUUGGCCAAAUGUUUGGAUUUCUGCGUCUUCUCGGCGUGAUGACGGACGUUUAAAAACCACUGAAGCUCCUCCCACCUGGACUGAGAACCUCCCAGAUUAACCAGUAUACGCUUUCCAAUCACAGUAUUUCUUGUUUCUUUAUAAAGUUGCACUUUAACUUCUAGAUUAUUUUCUAACCCACGAUCCCAGAUGUGGCUGAUUAUAAUAUAUGCAUAAUAUGGUUCUAUAUUUAUGUUUGCUUUAAUCUUGUUUUUCUUUGUUUAGAUUUAUAUUUAAAUUUUUUUUGAAGCCACGUGAACAUUUAAUCUUAAAAUUCUGACAUGAAAAUGAAGAUUUUCUGACUUCAAUCUCAUGAAGAUGAAUCUCAUGUUGAAUCCUCCUGGAGGUCGUCUUUGUGUCCUCCUUCAUCCAAUCAGGGUACUCCACUGAUACCGAGCUGUCCAAUAAGACGCGAGCAAUACGAGGAAGUCUUCUCCCGUGUACACAAUUGUUGUUUUUCCGUUCCUGUGGAUGUUCUUCAAUCUUCAAUUUCCUCGACUGUUUCUCCCCCGGUGUGCUUCUGCUGUCGUCAGGGGAACCUGCAGGUGACCUUUGACCUCGGGCGGAGCACACCUGUAGCUGUGUGCGCAGGUGGAGCGAGUAGUUAGCUGUAGUCGUAGUGACAGGAAUGCUUAGAAACGAUGAGCUGCUGUGUGUCUGCUUGCUUUGUGUCCACUGUAGAGUUCUACAGUUUGUUUUUUUUUGUAUUCCCUUUUUAAUAAACACUCCAAAACAAA